GAAAAGAUUUACAAAAAGAUUGCUUCGAUAUCUUCGAUCUUCAAAGGAUUUCAUUUCAGAGUUCAGAUGGGGACGCAGGUGUCGCGGGACGCUGCUGCUAGUGCGGAGAGUGCCGCUACCUCGCAGGACGAACAGCUGUCGGCACGUGCGUGGCGCACUGGUGUACCGUUCACGCUGCUGCAUGAUGAGGGCUUCGUGGUGGAGAAGUUCCAGGAGUUGUUGGCGACUUCAAGCGCGCAGUCGGGUAAGCGUAGCAACACCAAGUCGGUGGAGGAGGCGCAGACGACGGUCUCGGGGAUGGACGAGGCGCCGAUUGAAGAGAUGCAGCAUGCGACAGACAUGGCACGCAUCAAGCUGUUCACCCGUUCCAAACGGGAUGGCGGCACGGGGGAACAAGGCGGUUCUCAACCAACCUCUCCUUCCAAGUUGGGGCCUGCAACAGCCUCCACACUAACUUCUUCUACAGCUAAGGAGAACCCGCCCAGUGCCUUGGCUGGAAUGGUGGGCAACACGCUGUCGAGAGAGUCACCCGAAAGUGUUGACAGCGAGAGGUUACGUGCCCAGCGAGACAAGCUGCUGCAAGUUUACUUUGAGCAGAUCGCGCUAAGAGUAAGACAUAACCGGAUGGGCACAGCGGGGGGAACACCGAGGGUGGGAGAUUUGCAGGACGUUGAAGAAAGUCUGUCCUCGAUGAUUCCGAGAGCCGACGUUGAGAUUCUGUCAUCGGCUGAGAUGUCGAUGAAAGAUAAGAGACUGGAGAUUUCACAAAAUGUGACGGCAGCGAGCGUGUUCUCAGUUGGUUCGUUGCGCAUGCAGCUGGAGAUCCUGCGCGAGUUCCGUUUGUUAAGUCCGAAACUCUUUGAGAACGGAACGAUGGCGCUUGUACAGACGUUGCUGGACAGUCCGCCGUUUGCAUUGCAAGGCAUCGUUACUCGUUCUCCUGAAGAAGUCAUUUUGAGCGACGUACACAGAUUUUGCCGGGAUGUCCUGCACCCUGAGCAGGGAGGACAAGUAGCGUCCGAUGUACAACGGCACGUUACUCUUCUCUUACUGCUUGCGAUUGGAGUGAGCAGUGGGCGAGUCAGUUUGCUCCUAGAAUUCGUCGAUGAGCUGCUCAUCUUGCCUCGUGAGUGUGCUACUACUAAGCCGCUUCUAGUUCAAGAAUAUCCGUUUGCAGCUUGGGUGAAGGUGUUCAUACAGCGAAUGCAGUCCUACCGAAUUGAUUAUGCGCUAGGAACGUUCGAAGACAGUGCAUUUGUAAAGAAAUUUGUCAUGAAGACGCUUCCGGGUGACUUGGAAAACGACGAUGCGGAGAAUGGCCUGGACAAAUCAAACGCGAACGUUACAAGCUCGUUUGCCACGGAUGGAAGUUUUGCGUACACAUGGAGCUUAACGAAAGGCUUGGCAAAGAUCGGAACGGGCCAUAAUUUCACCAUUGCUGGAAGAGUUUACGCUGAGGUGCCAGCAAGCGAGUAUUUACGGCGACUGGAGGAGAAGCGUACCGUUCGAAAGUUGGUUUAUGGCUUCGGAGAAUGCGUCAAAGAUGUCUCUGUAUUCGCGAGGGAUGAGAUGGCGAGAGUUCACGAUGAAUCGUCGAGAAUGAGUGUUCAGAACAUAUUUGGUGAGGCGGGGGCACGUGAUGAGUCCAGAUUGCUUAUCUCGUAUUGUGUGGGCAACGUUCAGGACGUUUGUAUUCUCGAGAAUCGAGAUAUUUUCACUCUCCCAGUGCCGAGCUCUGAAAGUGUGAAGGUCUGUCGGGCGUGGUACGGAGAUCUGGAGGUUCUAAAUAACGAGGCAGUGCUGCACUUCUGUAAUUUACUGGAGCAGAAGCGAUCCAAUGUUAUGGCUGAUUUAGGUGUCACGCUUUCCCGUGCGCUCACCGAGCAGCUUCUGACGUUGAGUGACAUUUCACUAGAAAAGAUAGCAGAGUCGAAAAAGCUGAUGGUAGUCUUUGCAAGUGGCGACGAUUCUGAUUCAAUGGGGGCUCAAGUCUUGGAAGAAGGUGAUCGAUUUGCCGACGUUGAAGAGAGAGCCCGUGACUCAUAUCUUUCGAGUCUAUUGUUUUGCGGUGACUCACUAUACCUAAGUGUGAUUUAUCCUGAGAGAGACGUUAGUGGAAUGCUGGUCAGUGAAUCAAGUCAACGAUGUCGUCGCCUGCUGCGAAUAUCUCCUCAAGAUCUUGGCUUUCUGGAGGAUUUGCCUUUGGAGAAGUAUUCUUCUCGGACGCCUGGCAGUAAUAUGAAAUGUGCACUACCACUAUAUGCUUACGCUACUGAGGGGAAACUCAUUUACGAGAUUGAGAUGGGAUCGGGUGAUAUUGACGUCAAUGUAAUUACCCCAAAGGCAUCCCAGGGGGGAGGGAAAAUCUUGGAGAAAACACGAUUCUUCAGUCUGAACGAGAAGACGGUGCUGUGUUGUGAGUUUUUGUUGUGUCUGGCGAAAAUCCGAAGCGCAGUGAUGGGCCAUGAAGACAAGUUGGAAGUGCAGUUGCCUUUAUUUUACACAAAUGGCGCCUCGCUGGGGAUGCUGAUUGUAGAUCAGAACUCAAAGGAACGCGGUUCGUCCAAGAACUUUGUACAUUGUGUGUUGUUUGAUUGCGAAAGUGGUGAGGCAAAGGGGUCGUACGAAAACGAGGAGAAGACCAGCUGCCAGGAACGUACACUUUCGUGUACGUCGGUGUGUUUCGACGCAAGAAACAACCUGUUGUGGCUUUAUGAAGAGCACAAGAGAACUCUGCGAUCGUAUCAAAAUUCUGGAAAGCGGAUACCGUUGGAUGAGAAUUCCAUUCCAUCCGACGUUGUAAGCAAAAAGGCUGGUGAUGGUGAAGAACCGAGUUUUAUCGAAACAACAGCACUUUCACUGCUCGGGUUCCUUUACAAAAAUGCUGCUGCAAGCAGUUCAGUUGUUGGAAACGAUGCUGGCAAUGACUCUGUCACAAGGGUGCCGUUUGCUGUAGAUGUCAAAGUGGAAACGUUUAAGUUACUACUGGCUUUUACUUCGAAGUAUGUCGAGGUUUUCAAGGCAAAUGAUGCUUCCCUUUCCCAGGUGUAUAUUCUUCAAGCAUGUCUUGGAAUUUUAAACAAGAAUCUGGAGAGUUUGCUGCAACUUGCUGACGGGCGUUACAAACAAGAAGCAAUUUCUCUAUUGAAAUCAGGUUUGUCAGCCCCACUUGAUAGAUUACUGGAGUUCUCGAGUGAGCAGCAACACAAAGAUCUUGUGACGGAGAAUGCAUCAUCUGGUCGUCCGUUACCAUUGCAGGUUGAUGAAAGAAGCCAUGUUCAAGUGGCAUCAGUAGCGCUGGAUCUGUACACGACGUCCAUUCGCAUUUUCCAUGCUGAUGUUACAAAGCAAUUUACGCAUGUACUGAAGUAUUUACAAUUGUGGCAGCAAGCAAAGGCGACAAGGAUGGAGUUGAAGAUUCUAGCACGUCUACUCGCUCAUCUGUGUACUCGAGUGGAUGCUAUUUACCAUUCUAUGGUGAUGUCUGAAGAUUCACUAGGGCAGUUCUUAAAGCUGGUGGAGUUUGCGGUGGGAAUGCAACAAAGGCAGCUCCGGCAAGUUUUUGUACUCUCAAGAAAAAUGUCGGAUAAUGCUACCGCAGCAUCAACCUUUCGGGACAGUGUCGAAGAUUCAUUCGAGCUGAUAUCUCUCGUGAACGCAAUCACACAAGCGUCUUUCGUGUCACUAUUCACCGACGGUGGCGAUACUUGUAGUCGUAGAGCGCUUGAUGUUGCUCUUGUGGUGUUUGAUACGAUACGCGAUGCCUGUUCAAGUAUUUGCAGUGAUUUGGCGGACCCGGUCAAGCAGCAGGACUGUCAGACGCAGUGGACAGAAAUUGAAAGUGUUCUUAAGGAUGGCUUCGUCGGGAUUUUGGCUCCUGUUGUACUGUCUUCUGGGAUAAUGGUCUUACGAAAUCGUAAGUGUAUCGAAGACUUGCUGAUGAUAAAUGAUGCGCACGAAAUCACCGGACCCGAGUCAGAGCAGAUGGGCGGAGGUGUAAACGGAAGUGCGACGAGCAAAAGUUCUGCCACGUCAUCGUGUAUGUUUGAUUUUCUGAAGGAUAACUCAUCCAACCUGCUUGAGUUUAUGGUAAGCUUGGAUUUUUUGGUAUCUAUGAUUGAUCCGACGAAAAGAGAGAGCACAAUGGAAAACGUGUCCAUGGCCCUCAAAACUGAAACGAUGGAAUCGUCUCAUGAGUACGAAAACAACAUGGAUACGCUAACAGAGCUUCAAGUGCCGGGAGCCACCCGCAUGGUGAUCACGUUCGACCCACGAUCCCGAACAGAAGUAAACUACGACUACUUGACUUUCUACAAGGACAAAAGCCAAGGAGAGCAUUACGGAAGCCAGUUUUACUCCGGACGUGACUCGGAGCAGAAUUGGCCUGGUGUGGGCGACAACCCUCCAUUGAUUAUCGAAAGUGAUCACUGUUUUGUCUACUUCCACACAGAUGGUUCCAAUACUGACUGGGGGUACAAGUUCACAGCAACAGCAGAAAUCUUAGAAAGGAAAAAGAGCUUGCAGCAGCACUGGAUCGUGUUUCUGUUGGAGAAUGUGGUUUAUCUCCUAGACGAAAGUAUCAAGAUUCUUGUGGACGGAAGCGCAUUCGCCCCUAUUGGUGAUAUGGAGAUCCAAAACGAACAGUACUUGCAAAGCGACUUGCUAAGAAGUGGAGUGUGCACCGAAGACAACAAGAACGCAGAGGUGCUGCGGCUGCUGCAAGACUUCGUAGAUUUACCAGAGUCGUCGGAUGCAGAGAAGCUUAUUGAAGCUCUCCAAGAGCGCUCAGGUGUGUCAAAGCCGUCCCUAGCUCUAACACGCUCCACGUCAUUCGAUCAAAUUACAAGCUCUGCUCCAAACAAAUCGGUGAGUAGCGCAGUUCGAGCCGUGGCAGCAGCCAUUUUUCACCACAAUAUGUGGGGAAUGGAUGCGUAUGCGUUUACUCAAAAACUACGCGACGAUAUUUCUGAGCAACUCCUUCGUGGCUGGAAAAAUGCUCAAAAGAUGCGGGAUUGGUUUCAUCUUGGAGAUGCUGCAGAUGCUGGCAUCCACGGGCAAAUGGUUCCAAGUCGACGCCGUUCUGGACGACUCCGGCGUCAGCCAUCAGCUUACAAGGGACUCUCUGAAGAAUCUCUUGCGAUCUUGUGUGACAACGUCAUUAAACGAGCGCAAUUUUUGUUGGAGAUCACGCCCGUGUCGUUUGCCUAUGUGUCGGGUGCAAAGCGCAGGUGGGGCUUAUUGGCAAAGUACGGGCAUGCCAUUGGAAAACAAAACUCUGAUUCUCAGCUGGAUAAGUGGUACAACCUCCUGGAUGAGCUGCAAGCUGCGACAGAGCUGAGGAGCCUGUUUCAGUACCGGAGGACAUCAAGUGAGCGACUUAAGCAUGGCCAAGCAAAAUCAGUUACUGAACAAGUUCUCGAGUUUAUUCAGAGUGAUGUGGAUAUUUCCGAAGUUCGAAAAGUGAUUGAAAUCAGGAAUCGAAGAGCGGCGAGUCGGGCAAUGGGUAUGGAGAUUUUUAUUCAAACACUGAAGGAUUGUCCAAGUUUGAGCUUGCGAGGAAUUUUGCUCGAGUCUUUUGCGAGUACACUGAAAUGCUUCGCAAUCACCAAUUCUCCUACAAACGUUUCUGGGUCGAGCUCUAUAAGUCCAGCAUCAACGCUGGAUUCGUUUCCGCGAUUGCACUUUGAUGCUUUGCUUUCUGGAUGCGAUGAGUCACUGCGCCAACGAAUCGCGGAAGGCUUUGGUAAUUGCCUGACAAUCUUCGCUAAGCAGGUCGCAUCAGCUACGGAUGAUGGAAUACGUUCUGGAUUCAUUACUAGCAUGCUAAGGUGCUGUGCUUUGGACUACGACCUAGAAGAUUCGUAUUUACUUCAGGAAAGUCGAGUACUGCCGCAAAUAUUGCAUCUGCUCUCUUCUGAUUCCAUUACGACUCGAAACGCAGCACAGUCGCUUUUAGGCGUCCUGCUAUCACGAUUUAUUGCUGGACGGGUAGAUUCGACUGCAGAAGGUGGUGAUGAUGACGACGAGCACGAUGAUAGUGACGAUCAUGACAUUUCGGCGUUCCAACGUCAGCUAUUUGCUGCUGUUGGACAUCAACUUGAGGGUAUUGCUUCUUCUGUUAAAUCGGCGUUUAACUCACAUGGUGGUGGUUUAGGCAAGUUUUCGCCCCAAUACCUUCCCGAGAAUUCGCCCGGGUUCGUUUCUUCAUGCCUGCAGCGAAAUGCCGUUAGUUGGAACCAUUCAAUAAUGCUAUGGGUGUACAGCCCAAGCAAGGGGUCGUUGUAUGCUCUGAAGCUAGGCGAUGAAGUGCGUCGAGGACCUAAUUGGAGCGGAACGGACGAAUUGGGGGAAGACGGUGAGACAGAAAUUGGAACUGUCAUCAGUAUUCCCGCCCCAACGAAAGUUCAUGUUCGGUGGAACUCCUCGGGUUUGACUUCUCGAUGUGAGUUUGAUCCAAAGCAUGGAAUAUUUGAAGUCGUCUUGGUGGAUGAAGGCGUGGGUGGCGCAAUUUUCUUUAAGGGCAACACGAAUAUGAUCAAAGAUACGGCAGCAGCCAAGCCAUGGAGUCACUUUGGGCUGUUUUUAACGGACAGUCGGAUGCUGGUCUACAAAAUUGCGUGUGGAUCCGACAAAGAAAGCGUAUUUGAAACAGAUUAUGAACUGGAUGCUGAUCAGUGGUCUCAUGUCGCUAUCGUGCAGGACGGAGACACACUGCGAGUUUACGUCAAUGGCUCCAUGGUAUCGCAACAUCUUCUUGAGUCGUUCUUAGUAAUGAAUGCAAAUGUGAACCCAGCUGAGUCCGCCAUUAUCGAGUCAGCUCAUCCUCUUGAAGACUCGAUUGAUGAAUAUUGCCCGGUUCAUAUUCCAGGUGCUGUCAAAAUUCGCUUAACGUUUGAUCCUCUGUGCGAUAUUGACAGUUCGACCGGGUUUGUCCGGUUUUACAAAGACGCAAAGUGUGUGGAGUAUUGGGGCGAGGAGAAAUACACUGGCAAAUACAGCGACCCGGAGCGGAAUUUUCCUGGUGCUCAAAGCAACCGCGCGCGAAGCCUCCAACACGCAGAUGCAUCCAGCGUCGAUUUGAAUGUGCUUGAAAUCUCGUCAGAUCGAUUCUUGGUAUACUUUCACAACGAAGGCAAUUCUAACAGCUGGGGUUUUAGGAUUCUUGCAUCGCCUGAACUCGCUACGUCCGUAGAAGAGUGUACGAACCACAUAGCGCACUUAAAUCCGUAUCCAUUCUACUUUGGGGAGGCUCCCGGGCGCGUCUUAGACGAACCAGCGGCGAAAUGCUGGAUUUAUCAACCAAAGGUGUUGAGUUAUCCCAUUUCAGAGAGUGAUCUAACCACUGAGAUCCAGACAAGUUUUCCAUCGACGGAGAUCAUUUCAAGCGUUGCUCCUGCUGAGCGUACUUUGCACAUACUGGGAUUGGUUCGAACAUGCGCUGAGACUUCGUUUGGACGGAGCCUUAUCGGCACACCAGAAAAUAUUCGAAACAUUCUGCUUCUGUCGUUUGAUGACCGCGUGCCUGUAGAAAUCCGAAUCGGGGCCAUCAAGGUGCUUAAAGACCUUACGGGGACUCUGGGUACGGACGUCAUGGAUGCUCAAGUGGCAAAAGCCCUUCCAAGUGAAACAGAUGGGCUUCUUCCAUUUGUUUUCCAGCGGUUGGGCCGAGCUUUGAACGUUUGGCGAGCAUUUGAAGAGGACAAUGUUGCUGUGGCCGAUGGAAUCGACGAAGAAGAUGCAGAUGAUGGAGAUCUUCUCGAGUUACGCACGUCAGCACAGGGAGAAGCAAGUUUAGUGGCAGCUUACAUAUCGCUAUUUCGUGACGCGUCAGAGCACUCUUGCUGGGGUGAUCAAGUAUUCGAAUUGGUCCUAGCGGGCUUGCAAUGUGUGCACACACUUAAAGACAAAUGGUUGGAGCGAGCAGUGGAACAGAUACUAGCGUCACUUGCGUUACUGGGUGGAAACUAUAGUGGUGCUUACAUCGGAGGCAGGGUCAGUUGCUGUGUAAACGUUGAUGGCAAAGAGAUGAUCGAGACUGGAUAUCUGGUGCAGUUCCGCAUGAAGAGCGGAUCUCAUAUCGCGCGCGUCAUCUUUGAUUGUGACCAAUCAAACAUCGUUGACGUUCCCUUGACUGAUGUUGCCCAUUUGGAUGAUAUCGAGAAAAUAGAACUCGCGUCGUUUCUCAAACGAGUGACACCUUUUGCGUCGGAAUUGAAGGAUCUAUAUCAAGGUGUUCUCGAUCUGACUGACAUAUCUCCUUCGGUUGAUUCGUAUCAGCCUAAGCUCACAAAGAAGGAAAAUGUUGAGGUACUUGAAAGCGAGCAUCCCUAUGCUGCAGGAGAAGAUAUAACAUACUCGCUGAAUUUCCGUGGUGCUACCGAGAUAGUAAUCCAGUUUGACAAAAUGUCGUGCACUGCUGGCCCGAACGAUUACAUUCAAUUCAAAAAGAAGGAAGGAGAUCUCAAAGAAAGCGGUGGGAAUGAUGACAAAUACUGGGGUGAGGAAAAGUACUAUGGAGAGUCAUUUCCAGGUGUGGGUACAACGCCUCCUCUACGUAUUCCGGCAGGGAGUGUUGAUGUCCACUUCUACACUGAGGGCUCGUCAAGCGGUAUUUCGGAGUGGGGCUUUAAGCUUACAGCACAUGCCUUCGAAGAGGCCCUGGUAUAUCCGCCUGAGAUUCCUCCAUCAAUCAUGACAAGUGCAUUUAGCGAUAUCCGUGCGAGGUGCAUAAAAUCGUUUGGCCAAGUUCUCGAAUCGCUGAAGCGCUCGGACAUAGUUCCUACAUUUACGAGUCUGCUACCUUCAUUAACGAAGAUCGCCAAUUCUCCCUGUGACGGACGCCCGAUUCAAUCAUCACCAAAGUCGCAGAUAUUUGAGUCCAAGCAUCCGUAUGCAAACUCGGUGAUGGAAUACAUGAAAGUGACUUUCAGUGGCGCGUCCACGUUGACGAUAACAUUUGACUCUCAAUCGCGAACGGAGCAAGGAUGCGACUACCUUUGCUUUUUUAAAGAUAAGUCGUUGACAGACCGAUGGGGUGCAUAUCAGUACUGUGGAGUUGGAAGUGACGCUAACUGGCCUGGCGUUGAAGACCGCCCACCUCUUGUCAUCCUUGCGGACUCCUUUACGCUACUGUGGGCAACUGAUGGCUCUAACGUCGACUGGGGUUGGAAAUUUAAUGUGACAGCGGAGUUUCUUCCUGAGUUUCCUCUCAAUAAAACCUUGAAGCAGCUGGAUGCCCGGUCGUAUCGGUUGUUUGAGACGCUGUAUGAAAAGAUGAGUCAUCAGCGAAUCCCACUGAAGAGCGAGUUUGAAGAAUUUGCCGGGAGUGAUGAUGCAUGCAAGGAAAAGCACAAUUCAGAUCCAGUUCGUCAGCUACUCUCAUCCUAUAGCUCUGUGGAACCAGCAAAGCUUGCUGAAUGGGGUAGCGUGAUUUCGAAAAAGACACAGUACUACAGCGUGACUGAUGACAACGGAAUCAAGGUUUAUCAGGAGAAGAAUCGCGAUUCGAAUGUUUUGGUGGAGCUUCCAGCUGGAACGGAAUUUGCCGCUGAAGUCGAUCGGGACGGGUGGCUAAAAGCUGUCUCUGACAAUGUUGAUCAGCUUGGUAAAGCAAAAUGCGGCUGGAUAUGGCAGCGUACAGGCGCUAUUGUGCAUGCCGCUCCCUCAGUCGCGUGUGCUAAUGGAGAAGAUUUGCUAACUUUGGGGGUGGAUGACCUCAGUUUCGAAUGUAAGCAUUCAGUGCUGGAGAUGGACGACAGGAAUGAUGAGGAACAGUCUCUCACUAGCUUAUGCUCUCCGUUUGCUUUCGAUGAAUUUAAAGGACAAACCGACCGGAUCCAGAAUUUGGCGUACGAUUCGCAUCGAGCGGUUGCGACAAAAGCAGCUCGCGAUGCAAUUAUUACGUUCCUCUCGUGUGACCCAAAACGAGCCCCGAUUCAAUUAAGUGCUUUUGGCAGUGCUGAGGAUAUUAUUCUACUCCUGUCUCACUUCUUCAUAGAUGCCGAUUGUGAUGCAGAUUUCGACAAUCAAUCUGGUGUUGUACUUGCAUUACGAAAGAGACUGCGGCAAAUGGUUUUAAGUGGCGCUGAUGACUCUAUUCUUCUUGCUGUUCUCACGCGAUGUCUCGAUAUUCUGAAAAGUGGCCCCCAAUUACUUCCUAAGGGCCGCGGAGCUGUCCGGGUAUUGGAAAGCACCCACCCAUACCAGGAUAACGCAGAUCAAUAUUGGGAUGUCUCGAUUCCAGGGGCCACAAAGAUCAAGGUAAUCUUUGAUCGCAGAUGCAAGAGCGAGGCUGGGUGUGACUGGGUGCGUCUAUACAAAUCUGGGUCAAACCGAACAGAAACAAUUGGACCGGAUCAAAUUGGUGGGCGGGGCGAUAGUGAAAACUGGCCGGGAACUGGUGAUCGGCCGCCUCUGUAUAUUGAAGACGACUCGUUUGAAGUGUAUUUCCACUCCGAUUCUAGCAAUAAUGAUUGGGGCUUCAAGCUGUACGCCAUUGGCAUUUUCAAGGAAGAAGAAAAGCUGCCAAGCACCGACGCAAAGAAUCCAGAAACGGUUGUGAAGCUACUCUCUAUGACUGGUUGGAUUGUGGAGGCGCUGAGCUCAAUACCCGAUUCUAGUUUACAGGCUAGUCCCACAACGCUCAAAAUGUUGUAUUCGGCCGAGACGUUGCAAACGUUUGUGUUUACUUUGAACGAGUCGCCCCAAGGUAUCAAGACUUGUGCACUUCAAGUGCUGAGUAACAUGGCUCAGAGUGCAGGUUUCCAUACCAUCCCAGCCGUUCUCAUUGAGCAUGUGCGCGACUUGGUGAAUGUGAAGAUGCGCGCUAAACAUCAGGCUGAGGACCGUAUGGAGUUGAAAUCACCAUAUCUCCAGACGCUGGUGCAGUGCGCAGUUGCGCUUGAUCUAUCGAUCGAUAACCAUUGCUUUGAAGGGGUCAAUUCUGACACGGAAUCCAUCUCUUCCUUGCCUUAUCAACCUGGUACGGAUGGCGUCACUACUUUUGUAAGCAGACCAAGGACAUCAACGUCAGGAUGUCACCAGUUCCUAUUGAAGUUCGACAAACUUGCGUCAGCAGUGACUAUUGGCCUUACGCUGGGAGAACUUGGAGCGACUAUGGGAAAAUCAGCGUGUUUUGUGAUGUUGGAGGAUAACGGGAAGUUGUCGGUUGCUGCUCGUUCCAGAGCGAGCGGUGGCUAUGAUUUCAAUGAAUUUCUUGGAUACAAAUGCCAACUUCGAGAAGGAGAUACGGUGGUGAUACUACUUGAUCUAUUGCGACAGACGCUAGUGAUUCGGAAAAAUAGUAUCGUAUCUGCACUUGUAGCCGGGCCAGCAGGCUCGGGUGCGUUGGUUCCGUGGAACGAGCUGUAUCCGUCACUACAGCCACAGAGUGACAUCCGACUGAUCGUUUCUCAUUCAAGUUCUGACAAUCGGAUCGGAUUCAGUUCACUAAGCUGUUCCCCUUUCGCACUCAUCCCUCAAACCAUCGUACCAAAUUGGUAUGGCAAGGUUGUCGACGCAGUAAGUAUGAUGCUAGACUUCCGUGAGAACUUGGCAUCGACAGUGAUUUUGAAAGAGAGUCGACAUCCGUUGGCAUCGUCAACACCUUCCAAUCCUGUACGCGAGCUUGUCGACAUUAAAGGUGCCGUGGCGCUGGAGAUCCGAUUUGACAAAAGAACUAAGAUUCAGAAGAGCGAUGAGCUCCGCUUUUUCGCUGGGAGUAAAUCCGAGACUACUUCUGAGGACGCUAGUGAUCCGAUUGUCGUGCUUUCGGGAAUCAAUGGUGAGCAGGAUGAGACAGACUCUCCUCAUUUAUUUGCAGUCGACGGCACAAAACAGCUUAACUACUCGCUAUCUGUCGGUGACUUGGUGGUUAGAUCACAAGACUGGGAAUACAGCGAUGAAGAUGGAGGAUCUGGAAGUGUCGGUAUUGUGCAAGAGGUAACUUCCUGGAGGUCUCACGGUGGGAAGGGGGUACGUGUUCGAUGGCAAGACAAUGGUCUUGAAGCAGUAUAUCGCUACGGACUCAAUGGCCGAUACGAUGUGCAGAAUCUCGAGCAUACCAAAUAUCAUAGCGGGCCGUUGAUCAUAAGAGGCAGUACCAUCUCGUAUGAAUUUGUUCGAAGUACACCGCAGACAACUACGACGCUUGAUUUGAGUGCUUGCUCCGAAUUUACCGGUAGCUUGAAAUUGGACGGGUCAACCCGGUUGGAAUUGAAACUCUUGGAAGAGAAUGAGCGGGUGUUGUCGAAGAGUGAUUGCUCCGUUGAGUUUUGGGCUUUUAUAUCCACGGAUAUCUUUGCCAAGGUGGACGACAGCGCAUGCAUGGAGGUCCUUCGUAUUGAUGGUGCUCGCGGCCGGGUUGUUCUACUGAGUGACAGACUGGGUAGAUGUAAGCUGGCUCGUCAGGUCGUGGAUUCUAGUGGUGCGUUAGAGGAUCAUCAUCAAUGCCGUGAAGAUGCUGAUAAUGACAGUGCUACCACUGGAAAUCUCGCUUUCGGCCAAUGGCUUCAUUUAGCGCUUGUGUUUUCUGGAUCGAGAGUGCUUAUGAUGAGGAAUGGAGAUGCUAUCUACUCAGCUCGAUGCACAGACCACGACCGAUUGGUACUGGAUUCAAAUUCUGCACUAAUCUUCGGGAAUUCAUGCAGUCAAGCUGCAACACUGCAUGAUAAUUCUCCAGUGUCAUGGUUAACAUUCUGUGGACACCUGUACGAUAUUCGUUUGUGGGAUGUCGCCUUCCGAGUUGAACAACUUCGCAGUCACUUCCGGGGGUUAGACAGUGUCGAUGUGAUGCCCAAGAGCAGCAGUCGUCCAGGAACUCCAACACACGCGAGCAAACGGCCAUUAUCUCCUGCAAUGACAUUUUUCUCUUCGCCACGAUCACCGCGGUCGUCGUUGCGCCCCGUUACGGUCCCUCAUCACAUGCGAAAAUGGGUCACCACGAACCGGACAAGCAAGGAUAUUUCCACUGUUCGUCUGAAUUGUUGUGUGAAAGCGUCAAUGUCGCAAAGCGGUGAUAGGAAGCCAAGUGAUACAGCGUAUUACGAGGCACAUGCGCUAUCCAGUGGUAAAUUAUGUGUCGGGUGGAUAUUGGGUGAUGUGAAUAUGCACAAUAAGGCGACUAUGAUCGGAGAAGAGCGCAACUCGUUUGGUGUUGAUUUGGGGAAGAAGGUGGCACAGUUUUCGACCUUAACACAAGACUUAGCGCCAUUUACGAGGGUUGAACCUAGUGCAUGCAGCAGUCCACGACGAUCUUUUGGAAACUCCUUCGGUAAUGACAUUUUCUGCCGCAACGGUGAUGUCGUUGGGUGCGCGAUUGGCUUAUUAACUGGUAAGCUAACGUUUUACGUUAACGGCACGAAGGUUGCGGAAUAUGUUCCCACUGACGACCAGAACGCUGGGUCAGCCCUUCUCGACGCUGGCAAGGAUCAGGAAUUUAACGCUUUGGUCACUGAAAUUAUCUCUGUCGAAAAACCAGCAAAUAUGGCUGGAAGCAGUGAUGUUUACGUUCCAGUUGUGGAAAGAAAAUUUUACCCUUCUGCAAGCUUAGGUCCUCAGGGCGCACAAGGUCUAGCAUGGAAUUUCGGCCAACGACCAUUCAAAUACGAACCGAAUCCUGGCGAAGGGGAUGUUCUGUCGCUUCUUCAGGCUUCAGAUUGUGCCGAGGAAGACGCAUACUUUGAGGUGUACGACUACGAUGAACGGCAAUGGGAUCGAGUUGUCUACCGCCACAAGGUUCAGGAAAUCACACCUCGCCUUGUUGGCUGGUGGAAACUAAACGAGGGCAUGGGGAACACAGUCGACGACUCCAGUGGAAAUAGUCAGCAAGGGAUUCUCGCAGCAAACAACAAUUCUGUUCGUGAAAACAAACCAUCAAUUUUCUCUCAGGUACUCGAAAGAGACGAGGGAGAUCGUUGGUGGAACGAUACUUGUUCUCCGCCACCGGCUGCGCGCAGACGCGUCGGUGACAAUAACGCAGCAUCGCCAUUUUUCCCGUUUGGGACUACCGGCAGUAACGCGAUGACAAAGAUCGAAUCGUUGUGGGGGUAUAAAUUUUAUGUGAUCCCGCAUUUCACGAUGGAGACAGUUCGUCGGCGGCACUUUCAGUCACAUUCGGUGCGUUUCGGUGACAAUCCUUACAACUUGACGUCACGUCAUGAUCAACAGCUAAUCAAGUACAUCAACAAAAAGAGUCAAAGCAAAGAUCUCAAUGCAACCCAGUUGCUUCAUGGGCCUUGGAGUGACAUUGCACCGCAAGAAAAUGAGUUGGUGCGUUGGCCAGCUUUAAUGGAAAUUGUGGCUUCGGCAGGCGACGACGCAAACAUUGAGAAUAAUGAGCCAAACCCUCCCGACUCAUCCCGAACAUCCGACACAGCGGCAUCAACGAAGCCAUUGGUUGAUGCACAGGGGCGUCUUUCGAAACGGUUCAAAGUACUGCAAGAGUUCAACGCCACUGUCUAUCGCAUUUUGCCGUUCAUUGCAUUCCAUGCUCCGCGCGUAGAUAGUCCUGAAUCCAGCGCUGCUGAGAAGAAGUUCAUGCUGAGUGAUCUCGUUAUGGAACAGCGGCAUCGUAUCUUGAGUGUCGUGAAGCGCACGAUCUGGGACAGUGCACUAGGGCGUACAAACGAAAGUGGGGUAUCCUUCGAGUUGACGCUAAAUCGUCCCAAGGCGAUGCGAUUCCGUGCAACUGGAAAGACGGAUGUUGAAGGAAGACAUACCCUUUUCUCUCAAGCUUUCCGUCAGCUGCAAGCUUUAGACGGCACACACUUUCGACGCGAAGAUGCAGUAUACCGUGUCACUUUUCUCGGUGAAAACGCGCAAGAUGCUGGUGGUCCUUACCGCGAGACCUUUGCCCAAUAUUGUGAGGAGCUGCAGAGUACUCAGUUGCCACUGAUGCUUCCGACUCCUAACUCACAACAUAACGUUGGCGUUGGACGUGAAAAGUGGUUACUAUGUCCCGGUGCACAAUCUUCAACUUCGCUUCAGAUGCUUGAAUUUCUCGGUAAACUUAUGGGGGCUUCUAUUCGCAGCAAACAGUAUCUUGCCCUUAAUCUGGCGCCGCUGGUGUGGAAGAAGCUCGCUGGUGAGCGUCUAGUGCUGGAUGAUCUGGCCGCGGUGGACUCAAUGCUGGUGAACUCCAUGGCGAGAAUGCGAACCAUUGACCGUUAUGGUGUCACGGAGGAGAUGUUUGAGGAUAUUGUAAUGGAAACAUUCACGACGCUGGGAGCAGACAAUCGCGUGAUCGAGCUUAAGCCUGGGGGUGCUCAUUUGCCAGUAACCUUCAGCUCACGUUGUGAUUACGCUGACCUCGUUGAGCAGGCUCGACUUCACGAAAGCGACGAUCAAGCGCGGGCGAUUUUCCGUGGACUCGCCAAGGUUGUGCCAGCCAAUCUACUUGCGUGUUUCUCGGGUGCCGAGCUUGAACUUAUGGUUUGCGGAUCCCCAGAGGUGGACGUGAACUUGCUCGAAAAGUGCACGGAGUACUCAAGCUGCUCACCUACAGACGACCACAUCAUUUGGUUCUGGCGGGCGCUGCGAGACUUUUCUCAUGAGGAGCGUAGUGCCUUCCUGCGCUUCGUGUGGGGUCGCUCGAGGCUUCCUGCUAGUGCUGACGAGUUCCCUCAACGUUUCAAGCUGCAGUCCUUCAACAUGCAGCGAGCAGGUCGUAGUGUUGAUGCCUACAUGCCUGUGGCUCACACGUGCUUUUUCUCAAUCGAGAUUCCAGCGUACUCGAGCGAGUCUGUACUGCGAGAGAAACUAUUGUACGCAAUCUACAAUUGCCAAGAAAUUGACGGCGAUGGCGACAGUGUCGCAGCUAACCAGCUCGGUUGGGAGGAAUGAUUCAGCAAGAUGCACGCUGAAACACAAGUCUACAGUAGCCAGAAAAUUGAUACAUGAUGCAUAUUACACAACUUUUGCUGAUUUCA